CCUGACAGUGCCGAGUUACUGGAUGAUCGUCUCCAGUCUCUGUGAGAAUUACAUUAAUCCGAAGGUAGAAGAUGCCAUGCUAAUGUUUGAUAAGACGACUAACAGGCAUCGAGGAUUUGGCUUUGUAACUUUUGAAAAUGAAGAAGUUGUUGAGAAAGUCUGUGAAAUCCAUUUCCAUGAAAUUAAUAAUAAAAUGGUAGAAUGUAAGAAAGCGCAGCCUAAGGAGGUGAUGUUCCCACCAGGGACUCGAGGCCGUGCUCGGGGAUUACCGUAUACAAUGGACGCUUUUAUGCUGGGAAUGGGAAUGCUGGGCUACCCAAACUUUGUCGCAACGUAUGGUCGUGGAUACCCUGGAUUCGCACCGAGCUACAGCUACCAGUUCCCAGGCUUCCCAGCAGCGGCCUAUGGCCCGGUAGCAGCGGCGGCGGCGGCAGCGCGAGGCUCAGGUAGGGGCGCCCGUGGAAGAGGCGGCUACAUGGCAUACCCUCAGAAUGUAGGGGCAGGGUUUGCUGAUUAUGGUUUCUAUUCCACGCCCGGCGAUCAGCGGGCCACUUUCUCGUUUGCGGACUACGGCUCAGUCGGACUGCGGGCUGCUCAGAUGCUGCGCAGCGAGCACGCUCCGUCAGCAAGCAGCCCCUCCCUGCACCAUCUAACCAAUGCGGAUCAGUUUAAGAACCCAGGGUCUGCACCCGGAUUAAACAGCCACCUGCUAACGUGGCCACAACCACUGGUAAAAAUGACAGUCCUGAAUAGCUACAGUGCUCAACCGAAUUAUGGCGCCCCUGCUUCUCCAGCAGGCACCAACCCACCCCGACCUGGUGGAUUUCCUGGAGCCAACAGUCCAGGCCCGGUCGCUGAUAUCUAUGGUACGGCCAGCCAAGACUCUGGUGUCGGUAACUACAUGAGCGCUACCAGUCCCCAGCCUGGCUCUGGCUUUGGACACAGCAUUGGGAGUUUAUCAGGAGCACCUUGCGAGACUGGCCAAACUUUCUGACUGGUCCCAUAUUCAGGUGAUGCCAUCAAAGCGAAGAAGAAAACUUUUAACAAAAUACUCACAAACAGGCACUACAUCAUCACUGAGCAAAGAAAACUGGAGGUGGUAGUCUGUGGACUAAUUGUGUUUUUUUUUAAUGAAAGAAAUUAAAUUGCAUCAUCUCAGUGAUCUACUGUAUUAUAAUAACCUUAAGAUAAAACAGAAAAUGGCAUUUUAAAUGAUUAAUAAUAGUCUUUUUAGUGUUUCUUGAUUUAUUUUGAAAUUUAUUUGAAUCACAAAUAUUAUUUUUCUCCUGCUAUUUGUGUUAUGGCCUAGUGAUGUAGUUCUUAGACUGUAUAUGAUACUUCUGACACCAUUAAUCAGCAAUGUAAUCUCUUUGUGUGUGUGUGAGUGUGUGUGUGUGUGUGUGUCGUUUUGACUGGGAAAGAGCCCUGAUUUCGUUCACACAGCCCCAUCCCCCGUCCCAGAUUUUACAAAUUCUGAAGACCUGAUAAGUGUUUAAGGGGGGUGGUGGUGGGAAGGGGAGGGGCUGGUGUUGGUUUUGGGGAUGGAGGGGGAGUGAUGCGGUAUGACUCAGCUAUAACAACAGAAACAAAAAGUGAGGAAUAACUGAGAAGGAGAUGUUGGGGAGAGAUAGAACUGCUGUCUGCAAGUGGGGAGGCUAUUGCCCGGUUGAAACAGGGCGAUGGGGGAAGACUGUUUCUGUUUUAAAUGUUACUGUCUAAAAGGAGCGGAAAAGUAACGAUCAGAAAUAAAUCUAUUUUUUUGUCCUGCAAUUGUAUCUUGGUUAGCUCCACUUUUGGCAAUAAGGUCAGGACUGUGAGAUUUAUUUUCCAAGUCCUUUUUCUAUAAGUACUGUUUUCACGGGUUUAUGUUUAAUUUUCUGGUCGUCGUUUAAAGCGGUGAUUAUAGUAUAAGGCGUUUAUUUUUGUCGUUGAAGUUUGUGAACUCUCGAAUACUGUAAAUAACGAUUCCAAGUGGCUGCAUAUAUUCUGUUCAGAGAGAGAGAUACUGAGAUUGAGAAAGAGUGAGGGAUACAAAUGUUUUGGUUUUUUAAAAAAUAUGCUUAUGGUGCUGCUCAGGGAUAGUGGCACACUUGGUGAAAUACAGAAUCUAUACGUUGGAGGGAAGUUAGAAAUGCUAUCACGCCUGCUUACCUGGGCGGCACUGUAACGAUACUAGUGUAACACUGUUCAGCUUCCUCUGUAGCUAAUUCCUGAAGGAAUUGCUGACUGUACUCGCGUCAUUACCAGUAUGUUAAUUUCUAGUCGAUUUCAACCCUAUGUAAACAGCUCCAGAAAAGCAUCUUUAGUUUAGGGUUUUUUGUCUCAGUUGUACAUGGAUUUCUUAUUUUACAUCGAGAAAUGGGAAAAAAAAAAGAAUUUUUUUUUCACUUCACGGACUGAAGAAAUAAUCCACGAACAAGUUUUAAUUACUUGAAUUGAUUUUUUUUUUGUUUGUCAAAAUGAACAGGCUGGGAGUUCUGUCUUCAGCCUCGAAAUUAUCAGUGGCUAAAUAUUGUCACAUUUCAACCAUUCGCUUUUCUCUCCUUAAUCCACCCUGUCGGUCACCGUAUUGCCUGAUUAGGGAUAAAUAGCAAGGCAGUACAAAAGCAAAACUCACACGAGCCUCUUAUCCAUUUUACUCUGUAUUACUGAAUUAAGAGCAAAAAGAAAGGUUAUUUUUCACGAAUACCUCAGUGCUGUAUUGGUUUCAGCAUAGAAGCAUUCUAAAGAUUAAUUUAUUGUAGACUUAAAGAUAAUUAAAAUAACAUUUUAAAAAAUCGUUGCACUGUGAUUGGUAGGGAGAAACUGACAAUUUCUAUUUGCACAUUUAAUUAUUUGGCAUUUUUUUAUGGUCCUGGAUCCCCUUAGACAGGGGGAGAUGUAUGAAGGAUAGUCUAAUUUCUUUUUGUUACAUUUGUCUUUUAUUUUUAAAUUAAAUUGAGACAAGUAGGGCUCCAAUAGCCAAUAGAUUGACAUCUUGUUAGGAUGAUGUGAUGAAGUGGGAAUGUUGCCGGUUAGUUUAUUGUAUUUUGCUGCACGACAAAGCAACAAAUCAUCUGUUUUUUUUCGUUUGAAGAAAGAGAAAUAGCAGUAAUUCUUCAACACAUGAAAUUUGGUACUCUAAGACUCUUUGUUAAUACACUGAUUCAUAGCUGCUGCACUCCUGGAUUAUUGUUUCCAGAUAGGUUACAGAAGAGUUAGCAAUUAACAUAUGGCCUGACUAGACACAGAAGCAGGUAACUAUAGAGGCAGUCAAAUAUUAUGACAUGAAAACGACAGUGGAUCCUGUCAGGGUUGCUUUUAAAAGAGAAAAAAAAACACAUUUGUUUUUACUCCCUGUUUUAUUUUUGUCUUCGGAGCAACUGGUUUGUAAAAACGCUGGAUGCGUAGACAUUUUUAUAAGUGAGAAAAGAUUUGAUCGAGGCACGAAAUUGAAAUAAUAACACACAUUUUAAAGAAGAUAGAAAUUGUUCUUGGGAAGAACAAACAAUAGUUCCCUAAGAUCUGAUUGUAAUCAGGGAACAUUUGUAUUAAUAAAUAAAUAUAUAUAUAUUUUUGGGGGGUUUGUUGAUAAUUCUGAACUGUUUUUCCUAGUUUAUUUUAUUUUUCCUCAUUCCCUUUCACCUCAGAGAUACAUUUCCACAUCCCCUCCGCCCCAGUUCAUUGUUAGACAUUGAUGUAUUUUUGCUAGUGUAUACAGUUGCUAUUGUCCUGGAGUGCUGUCUUUGAUGCUUAGCGUAGUGAUUUUUUAGACAAAAUAAUUCUAAAUAAUUCUAAAAUAAAUCUUGAGUAUUAGUUGUAGACGUAUUGUAAGUUAAAAGAGGAGAAAAAAAGUUUAAAAAAAUUUUUUUAAAGACUAAAAAGGUAAAUACAAGUUAUUAGAUGUAGUUAAAUGAGAUCUAGGACCAGUAAGGAUAGGAUUUCCUGUAUUUAAUAAUUAAUAAUUAAGAAAAAGGUAAUUACUAACCAUUAUAAUGUUGGGGCAAUUCUGCUGAUCUGACAUGGUUUCAACUAACCAAAGCUUUCAUGACAUUUUAAUGCUGGUAUAUGGAAGGCAUUAAGUGGAUUCCCCACCCUUGUCUUUUUAAAGGGUUGCCAUACUACCUUAAAUGCUAAUGCUAGAUAUGCAAAACUGGGUUUUUAUUAUUUUUAAGAGGGACACAAGCUAUAAUUAUGAAAAUGAUUUUAUUAAGAAAAGAAUCCAUAUUUUUUUAAAAGCUCAGAUGAAAUUGAUAAAAAAAAUGAUUGUGUGAUAAGUUUUAAUGUUUAUAUACACAUAAACCACAGUCCCAGUGGCCCACUGCACAGAUAUUUUUGACGAAAUAAAAUAUGUUUUAAUGUGUCUGCCUAUAUAGUAAGGUUUACUUUAGUUCUCACUUGUCUAGAGCGUUGGAUUUGUUAAGGUUUUUUGUGACUGAAUAUUCCGUCACUUUAAGAAGAGUCCAUACAAUUUUUAUUUUUUAAUUUGGUCUUGUAGCUUGGACUUUAAGGUAGCAUGGCUCUGUUUUGCUCAAAUUUUAUUUUUCAUUGUACAACAGUUUACAGCUGAUGAAUGUUACACAUCUUGCUUAGACUAGUUUCAAUUCAUUGGGCAAGUGUUGGUGAUUUUUCUGACCUGAAAGCUGUUUGACUGAACUCGGUGCUUUUAAGGCACUGCUGUUAGAACUUGAAGCUGAGGUGAGGAGCUCGGGGAGUUGGGGGGUGGGAGUAGGUGGGGCUGGGUCUGGGUAUGUGUUGGGGUAACCAGGUACGAGCCACAGUGACCAACCUCCGUGCCAAGCGUGAUGCAGCAAAGUCAUGAGUUACAGUUUGGCAUCACGCUGCAGUCCUCUUGGAGAGUUUUGUUCCCCCUGUUUAAAUUGCUGAAGGGCGGGGAUUGGGGGGAUGCAAGAAAGGGAGAGGACCCAAGGUUCAAGUAACACCAUGAAAAGUAGCCCAAGAUGCCUCAGCUGGCUUUAGCAGUAACAGAGUGACCAUUGCUACAAACAUGGGAUAUUGAAGGAAGAUCCUGCACCAAUUAAUUUCAAGUACUUGAGCCAUUUUCUCCGUGGCCGCUUGUUGUACCAUGCAGAUAGGGGCUGUCAAGGUCUUUGGGAUGUCCUGGGGUCACUAGGGAUAUAUUUCUUUCAUUUCACGCCUGCACCUCUUUUCUGAAUGUGAGACCUCCUGACACUUUGACUUCACCUCAACCUUACCAAUAAGAAGCUGUGGAAUAGUAAAAGAUUAAAAUGGGAGGGAAAGGUUGAUCCUGCCCCAUCUCCUAACCCCAGUGCAGUGCUGAAUCAGUUCACCUCAUGCUUUAUAUACUCCAUGGUCAAACAAGUCUGGAGUUUAACUUUGUUAAUGACUUACGCAUGGCAGCAAUGAGUGUUAUUUGCACUUUCAACAUUGUGCUAAAAUCCAUUGACGUGUUUGGCCGUUGGCUCAAUUAUUUAAUGUCUUUGGAAUUAAUCUGUUAGACCAGGAUUUGCUUUAAUGUGGCAAUUGCAGCCUCAGGCAAGAACCACCAGUGCUCAGCACUAAUGCAAAUUGACAGAGCAAACAUCUUUUUCUCCUUUGCUUUUUGGGAAUGCCAAGGGAGGUCAAGAACCAAAGCAGCUAUGAUCUAGUUUUUAGGGAUGGGUGUGGGAGUAUCUUUGGGAGGUGCCCUUGGAUUUUUGUCACCAAGUAACUCAAUGUAGAUGGGAUGCUCCAUUAUGAAGAGAUAUGGACACAGGCAAGAAGAAUUGAAAGAUUGAGUUUACUUUUAUCUGUUCGAUUGCUUAGUGAUGCUGCCUACUGGGUAAUUGUGAAUUUAAUUCAUUCGCAGCUCUUCCCAUCUUGCUGACACUGAAAUGGCUACGUGUCAGAUGGUCAGGAACAGACAGUCUCCAAUUCCGAUAGUAAUUUGAAACCAAGAAAGAUAGCUCUAACAUGGUAGUUAUUGCAGACAGAGAGAUGUUAAUGGGAUACUGCACUAUAUGCCCAUUUUAGCUCUCUGUCAGGAGCUCACUGCCCAUCAUAACAACACUACCACUCUUGUCAGAUAAUUACAGGAUAUGAAAACCUAGGGCACUAGUUAAUUUUAUCAAUGGAAGAUCAUUUGGUUGGCUAGUUUAGUUUUACUUAUCCAGUUAAUGUUUGUAAUUAGGUAGUGUUAAUCUUCAGAGGGAUGAGUGUUGACUGCCAAGUGUCUUUGGCAUAUGCAUUACAGCAAGUAGAGAAUGGACAGUGACCACACCAGAAUGGAGAGUGGUGAUGCCAAUUGGUAGUGAAUGGGCAGUGACCAUACCCAUUGGUAGUGAAUGGGCAGCGACCACACUAGUUGGUAGCGAUGAACAGUGACAACACCAUGCCUUCAAGGUGGGCAGUGACCAGUUGAUUUUACCAGCUUAUUUACUGAAAGUAACAUUGCAAAACAUUUCCUAGGACAGUUCUUAAUUUAUGACUACCCCCACCCCCCUACCAGCAGUCUUCUGUAUAUUUGUCUGAGCACAAAAUUGCAAUCCAUUCUUAGAGCUACUGCUACACAAUUCCCACAGCAAUUUAUUUGGCAAACAAGUUUUUGAAAGGGAGAGCUGUCGGCUCUGAUUUGAUCCAUGAUGACUCCUGAUAAACAUAGGACAGUCCAGAAUGACAAUAAAGCAGUCAGUCUCUGCCUCAAGUCUACUUUGGCCCUUGACUGACUGAAGGACAGUUUGAAUUGGGGAGGGAAUCGAGAUAUCCCCUUGCUGCUGUGCUUUCUUUCCCAGUUUGUUGUUAGGAACCUCAGUGCCACAAGUCGGUCAGAAGUCAGAGUUGAUAUUUGAUUUUUGAGGUGUGGUUUGAGCCUCUUGCCAGCUAAUGCUAACGUCACAGACUGCCAUCCCUCACCAUAUCACUCUUCUAUUGGUCCAACCUUAAAAGGACCAGGUGUAACAGGAGGGUUGACCCUGAAACGUGUGUGUUUCUGAGACAAGAUGUCAUGUUCGGGAUCUGAGCAGAAGGCCACGAUAGCUUCCUUCUUGGUGCAGUGGAACCACAGAUGUCCACAUGAUUUCUCCAGUGGCACCAGAUGGAUUAACAACAAAGCUGAACUGCCAGUUUCUUUUGCCCUGUGGGUCUAUUCCUGUUACAAACAGGCAUAUAAGACUCUGUGAAUGUGGGACUGGUCACUCUGUCAUUGCUUGAUCCUCAACAUUUUUUCCCUCUUCAACAAUCUCCUACAAGUUGUUAUUAAGAAGUUUUUGUUUAAAUGGCCAAUCAGUUUGUGAAAUUGACCUGAAAUGGACAAAUAUAAGUUGUUUGCAGAGGGUUGAUUGGAGAUUGGAAUCUGAUUACAGCCCUGCUGAUUAUUGUGCUGCUGUCUGGUGUAAACAUCUUCACUCUCUCUUUGACUUGUUCUUGCCUUGUUAUUUACUUUGUAGAUUGAAUUGUAGACUAUGUUUAGAAAUGCAUCAGUGUUCCAAAGUCCAGUGCAAUGUGUCAGUAAAGUCUGAACUAACCCAGAAAACUGAAAUGAGGAUGAGACGGAAGAGAAACAAACAAACAUUGGUACGAAAGAGGCUUUACUUCCAGCACCUCUUCCCACUUUCCCCCACUCUUGGCUUUAGGAUCACCACAGUGAAGUUCAACCCAGACUGAAAUUUUCCCUGGUACAGCCCCUCCGUGGUGCAGGACUCCCCCCGGUCUUGAUCCUCUACUCCAGAGUCUGUGCCUCUGUCUUGCUUUAUUUAAUGGCGGUACUGUGCUGUUCCUUGUGUUCCCAUUUCUGUACUUCUCACCACAUUGUUAAAUACUCAUGACAAGUGGUUCUGCUGGCAAUGCGGGGAGCCAGAACCCUUUUUUAUCCCCAAUAUCGCCGUAGUUUCUUGAACUUCCCCCCUACCCGGCCAAGCCGAGAGAAAGGUAACUUUGGCCAAAAGGAGCCAUUUUUUUCUCACAUCCUUGAUGAGUGACAUUGUUCCUGGACAGAAACAUUACUUUGGGCACAAUGACAAGAAAUAUCAAACACGCUUGCAGAAGACAACACUGGAAACUGGGGGCACCCAUUGUAUCUUUAGGGUUCUGUGUUCCUCACUGUUCUAAUUAUUGUAUCUGUAAGGAGAGCUAUCUGCAGCAUCCUCCACACUCCAAUUACUGCGCCCAUACACUCACUGUACCCACUUUGGAACUGCUUUUGUAAGAAUCUGAUUUUUUUGUGCCUAUGUCACUCUGAACAGCCACCAGCUUCAUCAAACUACAUUUGAUUGUAGCAUGUUAAAGUGCUUCAUGCACUUUGCGGAGAUAUGGCUGACUCUCCACUGAAAUAAAACAGUAAUGCCGUGAGUGUACCAGUCUUUCCUGCUGGGUGACUGAUCUGCCCAUGUUCCAAGACUAGGGCAUGAUGGCCAAUCGCAGGUCCAGGCAGCAGGCUGUUAAGGCUAUUGUUCAGCCUGACUGCCUGCCCUCCUGCUGCAUCUAUACCUGCACCUGGGUGCCCCUCAAAUGGAAGCAUGUGUUGUCUACCAGCGCACUUCAUACCACUCACCAGCAUGAGGUGCUAGGGGGCCUAGAUCACAUCUGGAAGGCUUGUCAACUUUGAUCAUUAAUCUCCUUUGUGUUACAGUGGCGUAAUAGUGGUUCCUUUCUAAAGGAUCAUGUAAUUGGUUCGAGGAACCAAGAAGAGGUAAAAUUGAAGACCAGUGAUUUUGACUUCAAUUUGGGCAACAAUUUCAAUUGGUUGUGCAAAGAAGCCAUUUAACACGUUCUGUUCCCUUGUUGGCAACCUCCAUUUCAGCAUUUCAUACAACAGUCUUCAAAAGUACCUCUUUGACUGUAAAGUGUUUUAGGACACCCUGAGAUCAUGAACGGUGCUAUAUGAAUGCAAGCCUUCCUUUCACACAAGAAGUGAAAAAAGCCAACUUUUGGCCCCUGGGUUCCAUCUGCAGCAUCUGGUGCAGGCAAUUUCUUUGUGUGGACGCCUUUGUAUUACUUUAAUUCCUAGCUGUUAGCUUAGUACAGUUGUAUUUGCCGUUGCUUUUAAGUCUUAUCUGAUAUCCCUCCAUAUAAAUUGUUGCCAUCUGCCCUCAAAACUGAGCAAAUUAGCCAUCCACAUGUGUAGGCCACGUUAAACUGUAUUGACACCACUUUUUCUGGUCAGUGUGUCUUACGACUUGGUCCAGCCUGAGCAAGCAAGGAAAACCGGCCUCUCCUUAAAAUGUAAUAUUUCAGCGUGCUGCGUUGAAUUGGUGCUAAUUCAGACAAAGAGAAAGAACUUCAACAGAAAGCAUUUUAAGCAAUUUCCCUCCAUUGGUGAUUUGAGCAAUGCUCAUCAAGGUGAUUGACACUCGUAUCGAUUGUCAAAUGCUCUCCUGAGUUAAACGCACCUCAGCUGGAUUCCAUCCAGGCAACAUCACAACCAGCAGAAGGGAACCUCCUUGAUAUGGAAUUGUUUUCUGUUUCCAAUAUAAAUCGGUAUUAAGCAGACGUUGCCAUUCCAUGCCAGUCCAGACUGUUGCUCCAAGGAGCUAGACUUGAACCGCUCAAAUUGAUGGACUGAAGGGCCUCUUGUGCACUGUAAAACUCUAUGACUGGCCGUUUCGAUCUUGACCGCAUGAAUUCAGGUCCUGGAGGGCUCGUCGUGGCUCGUCACACCCAACUCACAACAUUGCGGUUCUUUAAGUUAUAUUCCACAGCCUUGUGCUAAAAUCUGGGUUCACUGCAGUGCUGAGGGAGAGCUGCUUUGUCAGGCAUGCUGUCUUUUAGACAAAAUGUUUUACUGAGGCCCUGUCUGGCCACUCAGGUGGAAGUUUGAUGAUUCCUUGGCAAUACAGAAGGGUUUGUGGGAGAAUUUCUCCUUGGUGUGCUGUCCUUUAACCAACAGUACUAAAAGCAGAUGACCCAGCUAUUAUCCCAGUGCUGUUUUGGGAUCUUGCUGUGUUUCCAUUGACUAGCGCAUUCCCUACUUUACAGCAGUCACUUCACUUCAAACACCGUAUCAUCUUUGGGCUGCGAGGUGGCAAAUGUCUCUAUGUAAAUGCGCAGGUCCUCUCUUCUUACAAGGUUAUUUCACUUGAUGCCAUUUCAUGAACAAUAUUCUCAAAAAAGCUGUUAACAAGUCGACACCGAGUACAAUUAUACAAUGCUGCAAGCCAGCAUUUGUUCAGAGUGCAUUGUGAAAACUGAAUUGGCAGUGUAAGCGGUAAAACUCGAUGUUAAGGAAAGGAGAGGGUUUCAUUGUGACAAAUAAGACUCCUGCUGAAGGGGAAAUAAUAAGCCAGACCUCGAAAUGAAAGAUUCACUCAAGCUGUCUGUAAACCCAGUAACUUGCUGUGUAUUUCCACUGCCUUCUGCUUUCUCUCGUUAUUUGUGUUUUGAUUUUUACUCCCAUGGCUGUUCUAUCUAGUUGCCUCGUCGGGUGCCAGUGUCCGCACCUUGCGUUAAGUCCGUGCAGCAAACCGUUCUACACUCCACAGAAAGCCUUUGUCUAGAAAGCACUUUGAGACAUUGCAAUAUGACAGAGGAAAAAGGUUUGGACAAGGUACUGUCUUAUACUGGGGCAGGUCUCCACGCUCUGCCACAGGCUUGCUGAGGAAUGACAACUGAGACUUUGAUGUCACAGUUGGUGAGGUUUGAGUUAUCGCAAGAGCGAGGCCAGCAGCUACUUUACAACAGAGGUUAGACUUCAGAAAAAGUGGCUUUUGGAUGUCCUGAGGUCAUGAAAGGCUCUACAUAAAUGCACGUUCUUCCUUCCUCAAUGGCUAAAGGGUGUCGUUUCUGCCACCCUCCCCCACCAGCUCUGAAGGGAAAGUAAAAGGUAAAACCCAGAUAAAAUACCCCUUAAGGAUUGAGUUUCUUGAGAUUGCUUUACCAAGUGAAGUUCCAGGGGUGAAUUUUGUCGUAGUCUUCUCUUGCGAUCAGAGUCAGUCCUUACCUGGAGGGAGAUGUUUGCAAAAAGGCCGGGCCUUUCCAAGUAUCAUGGGAAUGAGGGGUGGGUGAGCUGCAGUUCGGGGUUUAUAAUGUCACUGGUUUGUGGUCCUUAUAUUAGUUCAAGCUAGCGUCCUGGAAGACAAGCCUCAGCUCCAUUGUAGCUUCACAAUCAACGGAGAGAAGCAAUAGCGUUAGAUGAGUACGGGGCUGGGCUGGGGGACAAUGCAGUUGUUUGCGAACACAGAUGCUCCUGCAGGUGUUGGGGAAUCACUGUGGCUCACUCACUCUUCCCUCCCCAGCUCUCACCUCACCAUGAAAAUCCAAACUGUCAACACUGUAAACACAACUAGUUUCAAAACAAAAAGCAUCUUUCAGGUCCCUGUGUACGGCUUACUAAGCCCUGUUGUAAAAUAUGUGGAUGGGGCUCUCUCACAUCACAGAUGUGGAAAGUAUAAUUUUAUAUUUGUAUUUUCAAAAUAAAAAAAGUUUGUGAAAGGUUUCCAUCCUCUACUGUGGUCCAGAAAUCAAUGUGUUUGUCUGAGAUAAUAAAAAAAGUUUAAAAAAUGAA